AUGACUGUUGACGUCUCAACCCUCACCCAUCUUAUUAUGUCUGACGGUGACAAGGGUAACAAAGGUAGCGGUACGUACUCUCACGUCCAACAACUUUCUUCGGAAAGCCCCGCGCAGUCAUCGUUUCUCAUACGUGAUAUUUUAAGUGAAUCGAGUACUGAAAGGUGUGUAUUAAACCAUAGAGAACUUAAUGACGAUGUUGUACCUUCAUUAACAGCUGUCAAAUACUCUGCGCGAAGUUUACCGCAAGAUACUGGAUUAAACAGUCAAAAUAAAGUUAAGUUCUCACUCCGUACCUUGGAGGGCAACAAAGGAAACUUUCUAACUGGAGAACACGAAAAAGCGUUUCAUCAGAGAGAUAUUUGUGACAAGAGAAAAGCAGGAAAGACAAAAGAGUUGCCUAGUAUUUUCAAGAACAAAAAAGAAAGGAAAGCCAGAACAGCCUUCACUGAUUAUCAGAUACAAACUUUAGAAAAACAUUUUCAAGCACAAAAAUACCUGAGUGUACAAGAUCGAAUGGAAAUCGCUUCGAAGUUAAACCUAACCGACACACAUGUGAAGACUUGGUAUCAAAACAGAAGGACAAAGUGGAAAAGGCAGACUGCUGUUGGACUGGAGUUACUUGCCGAGGCUGGAAACGUUGCAGCUCUCCAUACCAUGAUGCAUGCAACUCCUUAUUGUUUUUCUAGGUUCAUGCCAUCGCCUUCUCAAGGUCAUCUCACAAACCAAGAGUACUACUUCAGGCAUCCGUCAUCUGGACUUCUUGAACAUCUCCCUUUUCGUUUAUACUAAUCUGAUGAAAGAUGGAUAUCAUUACCAAGCUCAAUGAAUUACUCUUUUAUGAUGUCUCAAGGAAAUCCGGAAAAUCCAGUUAAUUCACUAGCAAAAUCAUAUUCCCAAACUAGUGCAAGAAAAAGAUCCAGGUUCUGUUUUUAGUCAAAUGUGAGGGCAAUGGUACUGCUGUAAAAACGGAAAACAAGACUAUUACAAAACCACUAAUUUCAAA